AUGUUUCACUGGCCACUGUUUCUCCUGUCCGUUUGGACACUGUGCCUGUCUUUAUUAACAGCCUAUCAGGCCCCUGAAGACAAGGAGGACAUCUUCACCAGCAGAGCAUGUCCUGCGUUCCUCGUCUUCGACAGCGUGGCGUACCCGGCUGAUAUGACCAUAGAGUUGCCCUGCCACUGUAAGCCAGAGGAGGCGCUCUCAGUCGUGUGGUACUACCAGAAACAUCUCGGCACUCAGGACACCAGAGUGCUGACUGACUUUGCCGGCACUGCCAUCGUGGAUUCGUCCAAAAUUGGUAGAGACUCGGAUUUGCGUGGACGAUUUUCCAUCCGUUUGUUCAGCCUUAUCGUCUUCCGGGUGCAGGAGGACGACUCUGGUCAUUAUAUCUGCGGCACAGCUUCGGGGGAGUUCUUCUACGGCUACGAUGUGGACGUCCAGGUGGUCCGCCAAGUGUUGUUUUCUUGGAACCUUGUUCGGAGAAAUGAAACGAAACCUUCUGAAGAUGAUAGCAGCCCAAAUAAACCUUUCCAGGUGUUUGCCAGUCACUGGCCGUGGUCCGUGUGCGAUCGCUGUGGCGUGAGAGGCGAACAGACGCGAGUUGGACUUUGCUAUGUCGUGAGCGAAUACCUGCAGGUGAGGUAUCAUCGCAAGUCAAGCAACGUGACCUCUUGCGGUUCCUCUGCGGUUCCUCUAAGCUUUGGGCUAGCUAACAGCGGCUAUGGAGCAGAGCUUGUGGUGAGAGAUUGCCACACUCCUUGCCCACCAAAACGUGCAAUGGUCAGCCCGGAGAAGAAGGCCCUGCUGGACUUCCUUGGCUACGAUGACCCGAAAUCUCCAGGACUUUCUGUUUACUACCAUAACCAUCCGGUCGAAUCAGAUCUCGUGCUUUCCUGCCCUGGGAUGAAGCCCCAGCAUGCAGUGGCCUGGGAUAAAGGCUCCACUCCGCUUUACCGUUCUCGGUUCAUGGAGGGGUUGAAUCAGAGCUCGCGUUUGUUUAUAGACGUGGGUCACCACCUGCACAUCAGACCCGUCCGUCUGAAGGAUAAAGGCACCUACUUCUGCUGGAUCCAAGGCAAAAAAGCAGCACAGAUCAAACUCGGAGUGUACUCACGGCUGGGCCGGAUGCGCAGAAUCUCUGACCCGGAGUCUAUCUUCGCCGUCAAGGCCAUCCUGGUCAUCUACGCGCUCCUCACUGCUGUGUUUCUGCUCAUUAUAUCGCUCAGGUUCAUGUGGAAUGUUAGCAAGGAAGGAAGGGCCUCGUAUUGA